AUGGCGGACAUCUCGCCGGCCGCUCUCCACCGCAGAAGGGACUACACCCAGACCACCACAGCGCUCCGCAACCACGGAAUCCGCUACCAGUGGGGGUUCCCCACGAAAUUGAUCCUCACCAAAAAUGGGAAGACGUCCAUCAUAUCGUCCCCAGAAGAAGGAUCACAGCUCAAUGAGAAAUGA